AUGAGUGCGUAUUAUUAUCAAGAAACAAAUGGACAUAACGGUAUGGCAUACCAACAACAGCAACAACAACAAUCAUAUGGUGGAGGAGGAUAUCCACAACAAAAUUCAGUUGAUGAUUAUAUGGUUCCAGAAGAAGAAUGGGAACGUGAAGCUGUACUUGAUCCAGCAUGGGAACGACAACAAAAAAAAACAUUUACUGCUUGGUGUAAUUCACAUUUACGUAAAGUUGGUACAGCAAUUGAAAAUAUUGACGAAGAUUUUCAAAAUGGUUUGAAACUUAUGCUUUUAUUAGAAGUUAUUUCAAAUGAACAACUUGUUAAACCUGAUCGUGGACGAAUGAGAUUUCAUAAAAUUGCAAAUGUAAACAAAGCACUUGAUUUUAUAAUGAGUAAAGGUGUUAAAUUAAUGGUUGGUGCUGAAGAAAUUGUUGAUGGAAAUUUAAAAAUGACAUUAGGAAUGAUCUGGACUAUUAUUUUACGUUUUGCUAUUCAAGAUAUUUCUGUUGAAGAAAUGUCGGCUAAGGAAGGUUUAUUAUUAUGGUGUCAACGUAAAACAGCACCAUAUAAGAAUGUUAAUGUUCAAAAUUUUCAUACCAGUUUCAAAGAUGGUCUCGCUUUUUGUGCACUUAUCCAUCGACAUCGUCCUGAUUUACUUGACUAUAACAAAUUAACUAAAGAUGAUCCAUUAACAAAUCUUAAUCUUGCAUUUGAUAUUGCUGAAAAACAUUUGGAUAUUCCAAAAAUGCUUGAUGCUGAAGAUAUGGUCAAUACUGUCAGACCAGAUGAAAAAUCUGUUAUGACUUAUGUCAGCGCCUAUUAUCAUGCAUUUGCUGGGGUUUAUAAGGUUUUUAAAAGAAUAUUUCAUUUGAACAUAAAAGCUGAUGAAAAAGUUGUUAUGACAUAUGUAUCAUCAUAUUAUCAUGCUUUUUCUACAACACAAAAGGCUGAACAAGCAGCCAGUCGAAUAUGUAAAGUAUUGAGUAUUAAUCAAGAAAAUGAACAAAUGAUGGCUGAAUAUGAACGAUUAGCAUCAGAUUUACUUGAAUGGAUUAAACAAAAACGUCCAUGGUUAGAAAAUCGUGCUACUGAUAAUACACUUAGUGGUACACAAGCUAAAUUAGGCGAUUUUCGAGAUUAUUGUCGUUCACAAAAACCACCAAAAUUAUCGCAAAAAGCUAAACUUGAAAUAGAUUUUAAUACACUUCAAACACGUCUUCGUUUAUCAAAUCGACCUGCAUUUACACCAACUGAAGGAAAAUUAAUUGCUAAUAUUGUUGAUGCUUGGAAAGGUCUUGAAUUAGCAGAAAAAGGCUUUGAAGAUUGGUUAUUACGUGAAUUACGUCGCCUUGAACGUCUUGAUCAUUUGGCUAAAAAAUUUCAACAUAAAUGUGACAUACAUGAAGAAUGGUCUCAAGGAAAAACUGAUUUAUUACAAUCGAGUGACUUUAAAAAAUGUUCAUUGAAUGAUUUACGUGCAUUAUCACGUAAACAUUUAGCAUUUGAAAGUGAUCUAGCUGCACAUCAAGAUCGUGUUGAACAAAUAGCUGCUAUAGCACAAGAAUUAAAUGUUCUUGGUUAUGAUCAAAUAACUUCAGUUAAUCAACGAUGUCAAAAAAUUUGUAAUGAAUGGGAUGUAUUAGGAGAUUUAACACAUAAACGACGUGUAGCAUUAACUGAAGCUGAAAGAAUUGUUGAACGUAUUGAUAGUUUAUUUUUGGAAUAUGCAAAAAAAGCUGCACCAUAUUUAAAUUGGCUUGAUGGUGCUCGAGAAGAUUUAGUUGAUAUGUUUUUUAUACAUACACUUGAUGAAAUUUGUGGAUUAAUGGAAGCUCAUAAUCAAUUUAAAGCAACAUUAGGUGAAGCUGGUGCUGAAUAUAAAAAUAUAAUACGUCUUGUUAAUGAUGCAAGACAAACAUGUCUUGAUCAUGGUCUCGAAUUAACACCUAAUCCAUAUACAAAUAUUCAACCUGAUGAAAUUACAACUAAAUGGAAUGAAGUUCAAACUCUUGUUCCUCAACGUGAUCAAGAUUUACAAACAGAAUAUUUAAAACAACAACAAAAUGAACGUUUUCGUCUUCAAUUUGCUCAAAAAGCAAAUGUUGUUGGUCCAUGGAUUGAACGUCAACAUGAACAUCUUCAACAAUUAACAAUACAAGUUGUUGGUACAUUAGAACAACAUCAAAAAAAACUUGAAGCAAUGGAAACAAAUGUUGUUCAAUAUCGUCCACAUAUAGAUGAACUUGAAAAAUAUAAUCAACAAAUUCAAGAAUGUAUGAUUUUUGAAAAUCGUCAUACACCAUAUACAAUGGAAGUUAUACGUGUUGCAUGGGAACAAUUAAAUACACAAUUAACAAGACAAAUAGCUGAAAUUAAAAAUCAAAUAUAUACAUUAGAAAAGAAAGGCAUUAGUGAAGAACAAAUGAAUGAUUUUCGUGCAGCUUUUGCACAUUUUGAUAAGAGUCGUUCUCGACGACUUGAUCCAAAAGAAUUUCGUUCAUGUUUAAUAGCAUGUGGUUAUAAUAUUCGUGAAGAUCGACAAGGUGAUGUUGAUUUUCAACGUAUAAUGGCAAAUGUUGAUCCAACACAAACAGGUUUUGUUACAUUUGAAUUAUUUCUUGAUUUUAUGACACGUGAAUGUUCGGAAGAAGAUAGUGUUGAUCAAUUAACACUUGCAUUUAAAACAUUAUCUGGAGAUAAACCUUAUAUUACAGCAGAAAUACUUCAACGAGAAUUACCACCUGAUCAAGCUGAAUGGUGUAUGCGAAGAAUGAAAUCUUAUGCAGGUGUUGAUAGUGUAGCUGGUGCAUAUGAUUAUAAAACAUUUUCAUCUGCACUUUAUGGAGAAUCGGACCUUUAA